AUAUUACUAGAUGUUUGCUCAAUUACUCUUUACAUUUCUUGCUCUUUUAAAAUAAAAAUUGUAAUAUAAAUGUCCCUUAUUUCACACGGGCACGUGAUAACACACGUAUGACUUUGACUGUGUUGCCACAUUGUCAAAUCCAACCUAGAAUUAAAUUGUUUACACAGUAACUUGCAUACACAGAUUCAUUGGUUACUACUCACGUAACAUACCUGUACAGUAAAAUAUUCAUCGACUCGCACAAAGUGAUCACUAAAAGCAUUUCCAACAAUUCUAAUAUAUUGAAUAUACUACACGAGGUACCAUGUCAAAGCGAAGAGGAGUCUCUCUCGAUGAGAAACGCAUUCGAAUGCUACAGAUAUUUUAUCAGAAGAGAGAAUUCUUCACAUUGAAGGAGAUCGAGAAUAUUGCGCUAAAGGAGAAGGGUAUUGUGGUGCAAUCUGUCAAAGAUAUAUUACAAGCCUUGGUAGAUGAUGACUUAGUGCGAGCUGAAAAAAUCGGCACUUCCACUUACUUUUGGAGAUUCCCGGGAGAAAAAAUUACUGCGAUUGAGCGUAUAAUAGCUGAUACCAGCAAGAAACUAGUUGAGACAGAAUUUAGGCUUCAGAAACUGAAUGAAGAGAUCAUGAAAGAGAAGGAAUUGAAGAACAACACAGAAGAGAGAAUGAAAUUGUUGCAAGAGGUGGAACAAUUGACAGAAGAAGAGCAGCUAAUAAAACAGCAAAUUAGUCAGUUCAGCGAGAUUGAUCCAGAAACGAUCACGGAAAUGGGCAAGAAAGCAGAGAAGUAUAAGGAAGCGAUCAAUAUAUGGACGGAUAAUAUCUUUGCUAUCCAGAGCUGGUGCAAGAAGAAAUUUGGCAUUUCCGUAGGGGACUUCAACAAACAAUUCAGCAUACCUGAAGACUUGGAUUACAAAGAAUGAAAUCACCCUCCGUCAGUCUUUAAAUUCUCAUUACUACCUCGUUACUACCUCCUUAUUAACGCAAUUUUUCUACAAACGUACCAUUCGACCAAGAUGCCUUUUGUGACAUUUACCAUAUCUAAGUAAAGUAUUUCAAGACUGUC